UUGUCGACCACCCCAUAGAUAUGUCGAGCGCCUUUACGAGAUAGCCUUCAUAGCCUAAGUACUUAGCUUAGAGAAAUCUGUCUCAGUUAACCACCAUGCCCGACCCAGCGUCCACGGCGACGAGCGACGUCGCGAGCCCUCAUCUAGAUGGACAUGAUGCUCCAAAUCCCGACCUGCCCGAAUCUUCUUCCUACACAGACACGAGUCCCGCCACGGACCCGCCACCUACUUCUGGUCCUCCUCCCAACACGAGGCGAUGCUUCGUUUGCCUUGUCGACGAACCCGAGGCCACCCUGCCCGAUGACUGGUCGACGCCUUGCAGCUGCUCUUUAGAGGGACACCAAGAAUGCCUUCUGGCUUGGGUUACCGACCUCGAGGCCCAGGCUAAAGACAUCGCCUGCCCCGUUUGCAAGUCGCCCAUCCUCAUCACCGAGCGAUACGACCCCGCCAUCCAGCUCAGCAAUUUGCUCAACCACAAGUUCUCAAGAUGGUCACCACGCAUCCUGUUGGGCUUCAUCGCCUCUGGCGCCCUGGUCAGCAGCUCCGUAUAUGGCGUCAAGGCCAUCUCUUGGUUUGCCGGGCCUGAGGCCGCCCUAUCAUUCUUGUUGACCGAUUACAAAGCCACCAAUGGCAACAAGACCAUGAAUCGUCCUCUAUAUGACCAGACCAUCAAUCUUGUACAUCUUAGUAUUCUCCCUCUUAUCGCCCCGGCCCUUGUGAUCAACCGGAUGGAUAUAGGCGAUAUCGUUACGCUGCCUGCGUCCUUAGUGUAUGCUACGCUGUUCAAUCACUCGGCCGAGUUCUUUAAAUGGCCACCGUCAUCCGACCGCAUCAUGGCAGUCUAUCCAGCCCUUAAAGCCACCUACUUUCACAUCCAUAGAGCCCUCUCCGGUAGCUUAGAAAAAUCGUGGGCGGCUCGGGCCCGCGCUUUAAAUAUCGAUCAUGGAUCACAAGCAACUCACGAAUUCGCUCCACCACCCGAGCCUGCUCCGGCAAUGAACAUCUUGGACCUUGAGAUCGAUAUCCAGAUCGGCGAAGCUGAUGACGAUGGACAGCAGAAUAACGGAGGUGCGCCACGGAAUAGAGCUGAUGUGGCGGGUCGCUCGCCGAUAAAUUUCAUAGCUGGCGCAUUAUUAUACCCUGGCGUGUGCUAUGGCGUAGGAGAGUUGAUGCGCCAUAUACUUCCAUCCCGUUUCGUCACCAAGCCCUCAUCGGGUCCGCCAACUGGCUUAUUGCAAGAGCGUUGGGGGCGUAGCUUCAUUGGAGGUUGCCUCUUCGUCGUGCUGAAGGAUGCAUUUUUCCUCUACGUCAAGUACAAGAGGAUGAUGAACCGCCCUUACAGAAGGAUCAAGAAUUCAGAUAAGCGCAACAUUCACAAUAACUAGAGGGCGGCGUUUGGAACAAAUUAUGACUAGCGUCUUGUCUAUUUACGCAUGAUAUGAGAUCAGGUAGCUCGGCGUUGAGAAACGGUAACUCACGGACAUUGAAUUU